UUAUCCACCUAAUAUUAAAAAGGGAAAAUCCAAAAGAACCCCCCUUUCGCAAUUUGCUUGCCUUAUAAGCUAACAAUUCCCGUCGUGUUAAAGCGUUUCCAUCUCCGAAAACGACCCGAAUUGAAUUCCCCCACAUUAUAUCAAAAAACCAUCAAAACCCACCUUCCAGAUUCCAAGAUCUCAAAUUCCAUUUUCUGGGUUCUGAAAUUUCUAGACAGAGAGACAGAAACCCAAAUCGGUGAGGUCGCUCGGAGGAAGAAGAAGCAGCAGCAGCAGCUUAAAAGACUAAAAUUUCCCCACAUUCAUCAAAAACCCAGUAAAACCCAAAUCCCAGAUUUUGAGAUCUCAAAUUCCAGUUUCUGAGUUCUGAAAUUUCUAGAGAGAGAAAGCAAGCCGUAACCCGUUUUCGAGUGAGAGGGAGAGAGAAACCAAAUCAGAGGCAAAGAUGUGCUGUCCGGGUAGGGUCUGCAUGCUGUGCACCUGUUUGAUUCUGGUGGUGGUUCUGGUGGGUAUGCUAUUCGGUUUCGGAGUCUUCAAGAACGGAUUCCACAAGCUGAAAGAUACUGUGAAUAUCUGUGACCCGACUGUUCCAGGGUCUUUCUGCGGGGCCGGGUCGGGUAGGCCCUUCUUGGGUUAUGCUGCUCCCCCACCUUUCUAGAUGGUUUGGUUUGGUUUGGUUUGGUUGUUUAUCUCUUGUUACUUUUCAAUGUAAUCUGUUUCUUCAUCAGUUAUUACGUUUGAAUUUCUAGGGUUUUAGGUUUGAUUUUUUUAUUGCACUACGGAUUUGGGUUUUUCUUGGAAUUUACAAAUUGAUUUGUAUUUGCACCAA